AUGGACUGGGACGCGCUGCAGCUGCGCCGCCUGCGCCCGCCCUUCCGACCCAAAGUGAAGAGUAAGCGCGAGGCGGCCAACUUCGACGCGGAGUUCACGAAGGAGGAGCCCGUGCUCACGCCCGUGCCUAACGACGUCGUGCGGGCCAUCAACCAGGAGGAGUUCCGCGGCUUCUCGUUCGUCAACAAGGACUUCAACCCGCUGCCGCCGCCCGACAAGUCGCCGCUGGCCUGA